AUGAGGACCGGUAGCAUCGUUUCCAGUGCCAUCGCUCUAUUUGUACUGCGGGUACAUGGAGCUCCAGAGCGCAAACUCGAAGCUUUGACAGAGGGUGAUACUCUUACGAAGAUGGAGGAAUUUUUUGGUGUGAAGCUGGAAAGGAAAUUCAACGACCUUCCGACUUCGGCAAGACUCGAAAAAGCACCAUGGAAUGGCCCUAUCUGGGAGACGUAUGCCGACAGUAUCAACUACCCGUGGAAGGCCAACCAACCAUCUCCAACUGAAAAGUAUGCAAUGGCUUUCGGUUUGAACGCAACAGAAUUGAAGUACAAUGUAUCAGCAGCGUUUGGCCUUUAUUCAGUGUCCGACUCGAAGCCUGCAUGUUCAUCGUCUUGCAAAGAUGAAGAGGACGUAUGCACCAAUCGUAAUGGUAUGGGCAUCUGUAUUCCGAGAUGGUUUGGUCUCAGUCAAGGAUUGGCGCCUGCAGCUAUUUUCGAAAAAGAGCCCCUGUGUCCAAUCACCUUCAACAACGUCGAAUUUUACCCGAACGAUAUCAAGGGAUUGAUUUCGGCUGUCUAUGCUGGAGCAAACUCUUCGAAAAUCUUUGGCGGGAAGCGUUAUCAUGAUAAAGAAGUAUCACUUGAUCAGUAUGGCCGACCCACAGAGGCUAACUAUCGCGAUGUGACGCCUGCGUUCUUCCAUAUCGCCGUUGCCAACAUCAUAGGCAAGCUCAAACGUUCUCUGAUCAUCGACCGUUUCCCUGGUCAUACCGUGUGGAAUCAGGCACUUUCUGCUUUUGAGGUGUACGAACAGAAGACGAUGACACCCGAAGAAGCUGCGAAGUCAUUUUUCAACACUGACAAAUACCCUUUCAACGACCAGGCUACGCAGAUCAUCUAUGUCGUAUCCAGCGUUUUCUGGAACAAUACCCCGUUUCCUACCGAUGAAUUUCGACCACUUAUCCAGGACGAAGACUUUUACGCGACGUACUCGUAUAUUCUGGAGAUAACUGCAGCCGGAGACAUAUGCGGAGGCGAGUGGGUAAAUAAAUCCAUUCAUGCGCAUGCUGACUACUUGUAUGUGGUAAAGGAAAAACCUGCUGCUGACCUGGUGACGAGCGUUGGGUUUAGCUACGCCAACGUGUUAAAGCUACUUGAGAUGUCGGCUGCGUGCCCGAAUACGAUCCAAAUUGCGAACUAA